UUGAAUUUUCUUGAUUUUGGAGAAUGAUUUUCCUUACAAGUGGAGAUAUUGGAACAUUUUGAACGUUUGAUGGAAGGAUUUUGCUACAGUACCUGCCAGUGAAAUUUAUCGCAACCACCAAAUUUAAUUGUUGGCAAAUCUCCGAAGCAAUGUACGAUUUGCACGUGGCCUCGGUCGAAUGACACCAAACCUGGCGCAACAUUCGCACAACGUGUAUCGUUAUUACGUUUACGCUUGCUUCCCGUUCUUCUCGGCUGAAUCAGGCGCCACCGCCCACGCAACGAGCACAGCGUGCCAAUUAAUGGCACCACGACGAACGUUUAGCGAGACCCUUAACUGGUUAGCGUGGAUAGCCGCUGAUUAAAAACAAUGCCGCGUGACGAGAUCCCCUGGAAUCCCGUGGAAAGGGCUUUUGUUCAACGUAUCUAUCCAUCUAUGCAUUACUGCGCCGCCCACGCCACAUACUACGCGAUCUACGCGAUUUUCUCCGCAUUUUCUGAACGCUGCGUCUUCCUUUCGUGCAGAAUAGCGGUGUACCAAUUGCUUCCCAGGGUGUGGUCCCCUCCUACGGGUCGACGACUCCCUACCAGAUUCACCUAUAUAAAAGGAGACACCGUGGCUCGACAGGGCAGCACAUCACCGUUGAUACUUUAGGGCGAGUACUGGUUGGAAAAUUCACAUUCUAUCUGCCAGCAGCGCUUUUCCACGUGACUAACCAUGAGAACGAUAAUCAUCUUCGCUACAAUCUGCACCCUGGCCAUCGCAGAGCCCGGAUACGUGGCUCCAGUGAUACCUUACAGCUACCUCAGAGUGCCAUUAGCCUACGACGGCCACGUUUUGGACACGCCGGAAGUGGCACAGGCGAAAGCAGCGCACCUCGCGACUCAGGCGUACGAGGCGGCCAGGAACACACUCAGCUAUGCUCACGUGCCGGCUCUGUUACGUGUUUAUGCACCUGCACCUGGUGCGCCCAUAGGCGCCGAUGGUCGUGUCGUCGAUACACCUGAGGUCGCGCAGGCGAAAGCUGCUCACUUGACUGCUCACGCGUUGGAGGCUGCGAAGAAUCUAGGACUCUAUCCAUACGGUGCCCUGGCUUAUGCCUCAACACCUUAUGCUUAUGGAUUUGGAUAUGGUGCUCCCCUUGGUCCUGAUGGUAGAGUAGUGGACACUCCGGAAGUUGUUCGAGCGAAGGUAGCUCAUUUUGCAGCACACGCUGAUGCGGCCGCAAAAACUGUUGAAAAUCUCUGAUUGCCACUGAGAGGAAUAUUUGGAAAGGAUAA